GGUCUGUUGGCGAAUCUACGGCAGAUGCGCUCGUAUAUGGCGCGUCUGAUCUCAGGCACCUAUUCGGCCUCGCUGAAAAGCAACACCGCUACCCCGCCGCAGCCCCUCCUCCCCCUUACCAUACCCAAACAGCGAAUUCGCGACAAUCAUGGUGGAAGGUUUACUGGUGCCGGCACUGGUCUCCUGGUUAUUGCCCUCAUGAUCCUCGCCUCCUCAACUCUUCUCCCUCUGCCUGAUGUGGAUGGAUCUUCUUCAGACAAGGACGCAUCUCGCGUCACUCAAAGUGUUCUCUCAGGUCGGUCGCGGCUGUUGCUAAACAGCAAGACAGAAGGUGAUGUCGUUGUCGACAGCAAAGACGACAACCAGCAGCUCACUCUCUCUGCCGCCAAUGGCGUAGAUGGUUCCGAUGACGACAUUCCCGUCAUCACGUCAAAAGUUCGGAUUCUGAAUAAGGGUCCCGAACAAAAAAUAAUUCAGUCGCUUGAGCUGGAUGAUCAACUGGACCCGUUUCUUGCACCGCCGAAUAUUGGCGUGGGUCGAGAGAGGAAGGACGAACGACACGUUCCCUACUCCACUGAAGACCUUUAG